AUGAAAAUGAAGUCUCCAUUGUAUUUGUGUUUGGUGCUUGUUGGACUUCAAGUACAUGGUCAACAGAGGUCUGUGACUGGACAACAGCAGGAAAAAAGAAUAAUCCAUUUCCUGGGAGACCAUUCCCAGGAUGAAGGCGAAAACUUGGCUCACAUCAAGAUAGCCUCCAGCAACACUGAUUUUGCAUUUAGGCUUUACAAGCAGGUCAGAGAGGAAGCAGGCAACGAGAACAUUUUCUUCUCUCCUUUGAGCAUCUCCACUGCCUUUGCAAUGCUCUCCCUGGGGGCCAGAUCAAGCACACUCAGUCAACUGCACGAAGGCCUUGCCUUCAACCUGACAGAGGUGGAGGAGCAAGAGAUCCAUGAGGGAUUUCAGCGUGUCCUCCAGCUGCUGAAUGACUCUCAUCAAGAAGUCCAGUUGAGCAUGGGCAAUGCCCUGUUCAUAGAUGACCAAAUGAAACUGCUCCAAAAAUUUUUGGAUGAUGUCACAAAUUUCUAUUAUUCUGAAGCUAUUUCUACUAGCUUCAAGAAUUCUACAAAGGCUACAGAGGAAAUCAAUAAGUACAUAGAAACAAAAACCCAUGGGAAAAUUGUUGAUUUUCUCAGGGAACUUGGUGAAAGCACUGUGAUGGUUCUGGUUAACUACAUUUUCUUUAAAGGUUACUGGGAAAAACCAUUCAGCAAUUUGGCCACCAGAAAUGAUGACUUCUUCUUGGAUGCCAAGAAUUCUGUUAAGGUCGAAAUGAUGCAUCAAAGCAAAGCCUUUAACGUCUAUAGGGAUGAUAAGUUGUCUUGCUGGAUAGUAGAAAUCCCAUACAAAGGAAAUGUUGCUGCAUUGUUUGUUCUGCCUGAUGAAGGGACAAUGAAGCAGGUGGAGGAUGCACUGCUAAAAGAAACAGUGUCUAACUGGAUGCAAUCACUUAAACUAAGAGAAAUCUACCUGGACCUUCCGAAAUUCUCUAUCUCUGGCUCCUAUGAUGUUAAGAGCCUGUUUGAGAAAAUGGGUAUAACAGAGGUGUUCAGUGACCAGGCUGAUCUCUCUGGAGUGGCAGAAAAACGUCUUCUAAAGGUUACCAAAGCAACGCACAAGGCCAUGGUGGAUGUUAGUGAGAACGGCACAGAGGCUGCUGCAGUGACUGUGGUAGAAAUAAUGCUAAUGUCUUCAAUGUUUGAAACUCCUCGUCCUCACAUCAAAUUCAACAGGCCGUUCUUGAUGAUGAUUAUGAACAAAGACACCCACAGCAUCCUUUUCAUGGGGAAAAUUGUGAACCCAGCUGCCAAGGGGGACUAG